UCGCGAGCCCUCGGCGCGUUCCUGCCAGAGUCGGUUCCGUUGGAGGCCUUGCUUUCUCCUCCGGGCCACGCCGCCGCCUUCAGGACUAGCCGAGGAGGGGGAGGAGCGGCGCCAUGUCGGUGCCCCCGACAGGGUUCCCCCCGCCGCCCCUCGGCUCCGCCGGCGCCUCCUUCCCGGGAGGGCCCAGCGUGGGGCCCGCCAACCUCAGAGCCUCGGGCGGUGUGGGGCUGUGUCAGAACGGUCCAAUGCAAAAUCAGAUGCCGUUCUCCCCUGGAUAUGUAUCACAUCCUCAGAACUAUAGUGCUCCAUCAGGACACUACUCACAAGUGCCCAAUAACAUUAUCCCUUCGCACCUGGAUAACCACUAUGGUGCUGAAUAUUAUUCUGCCCACUAUUCAGCACAGGCACAAAAUGUUAAUGCAUCUUCUAUGACUCCCAAGAUGUUGAGCAUGCAGGGAUCACAGUACUUGUACAAUAGAGAACCUCAUAUUGUAGAAUCAUCUGGACCUGUCCCAGGAAUGGUUUCGUCAGCGUCCCAGUUACAUACCAGCAUUUCACAGUCAUAUUCCUCGUUUGGUAGUCCCUAUAGUAAUUCAGCCUUGCACUCUGCCAGCUCUUCAGUUCCAUCUCAGGGAUUUGUUGCUCCUUCUGGUCCCUAUGCCACACCUGUUGCCUCUAGUGCUGCUUAUCCUAACGUUUCAUAUCCUUCUAUGUCCGUCGGCAGUCCAUAUGGGCAAGUGACUGCUUCUCACAACAUACCAGCUUUUGGACAUCCAACAGAGGCAAAUGCUUAUUCUUCCAGUCAAAAUAGAGCACCACCUGCAGGGCGGCAGAGGGUUCCUUUGAGUCACAGUUCUGCAACAUGGUCUGCCCCAGAGCUCCAGCCCGCUCAGAAAAACCAUAGUGGAAGCUUUGCAGGAUCCUUGUCACAAGCAAGCAGCCCGGCGGGCACAGGGUCACCGCAUCUUGUAAACGAGAAUAUUCAGCAUAUAAAACCUGCCCAGGGAGCGUCUUCACCUGUUACUUCUUCAAUAAGAACACCUGUUGUGGAAAAGACAACGAAGCCCACCACUUCCUCUUCCCUUACACAACCAUCUGAUCCUUUGCUUCAAGAAGGCAUGCAGUAUGGUGGAUAUGUUAAUAAUCAAGCUAGCUCUCCAGCAACUCCCUUGUCAUCAAGUUCAGAUGAUGAGGAAGAGGAGGAUGAGGAUGAGGAAGCAGCUAUUGACAGCUCUUCCACUACGAGCAGCGCAUCUCCCGUUCUCAACAAUUAUGAUAGUCUUGAAGGAGGUGGCUAUCCAGAGGCACGUUCUACAACAAGUAGUCCAGCUCCUGUUCCCUCAGUUCCACAGACGUCUAAAACCACUAAACCAUUUGGCUAUGGGUACCCAGCUCUCCAGCCUGGCUAUCAGAAUGUGACACCACCACUUCCACCUUCCAGUAACUCUGGAUAUAAUUCUGGAUUUGCUCAGUAUCCACAGCAAUACCCUACAAUGAAUCAACUGUCAGCUAGUCUUGGAGGACUAGGUAUUCAGCAACCAGAGAGCUUGCGACCGGUCAACGUUACCCAAGAUAGAAAUAUUCUGCCUAUUGUUCCAAUUCCAGCUCCUGUGCCUAAUUUGAACUCUGAUCUGAAGAAACUGAAUUGCAGCCCAGACUCAUUUCGAUGCACUUUGACAAAUAUUCCACAAACUCAGGCUUUGCUAAACAAAGCAAAACUUCCUUUGGGAUUGCUUCUACAUCCCUUCAGAGAUCUGACGCAAUUGCCCGUGAUAACAUCGAACACCAUUGUGAGAUGUAGAUCAUGCAGAACAUACAUCAACCCUUUUGUUUCUUUUAUUGACCAAAGGAGAUGGAAAUGUAACCUGUGCUACAGAGUUAAUGAUGUUCCUGAAGAAUUUAUGUAUAAUCCUGUGACACGGUCCUAUGGAGAGCCGCACAAACGGCCAGAAGUUCAAAACUCUACAGUGGAAUUCAUUGCUUCCUCAGACUACAUGCUUCGUCCUCCUCAGCCCGCAGUGUAUUUGUUUGUGUUGGAUGUAUCCCACAAUGCAAUAGAAGCUGGAUACUUGUCAAUUGUGUGCCAGUCUCUACUUGAAAACUUAGACAAGUUGCCUGGAGAUUCAAGAACAAGAAUAGGCUUCAUAACGUUUGACAGCACUGUUCACUUCUACAAUUUGCAAGAAGGAUUAUCACAGCCUCAGAUGCUAAUUGUGUCAGAAAUUGAUGAUAUUUUCCUGCCAACACCUGAUAGCUUACUUGUUAAUCUGCAUGAAAGUAAGGAGCUAAUUAAAGACUUGCUAAAUGCACUACCAAAUAUGUUCACUAACACAAGAGAAACGCACAGUGCAUUAGGCCCAGCCCUUCAAGCUGCCUUUAAAUUGAUGUCUCCAACGGGCGGGCGCAUAUCGGUGUUUCAGACACAGUUACCAUCGUUGGGCACAGGACGUUUGCAGUCCAGGGAAGAUCCCAAUCAAAGAUCAAACACAAAGGUUGUUCAGCAUCUUGGUCCAGCAACAGAUUUUUAUAAAAAGUUGGCACUGGAUUGUUCAGGACAGCAAACAGCUGUGGAUUUGUUCCUUUUAAGCUCACAAUAUUCUGAUUUGGCUUCUCUUGCUUGCAUGUCCAAAUAUUCUGCUGGAUGCAUCUAUUAUUACCCAUCUUUCCAUCAUACCCACAACCCUAUGCAAGCAGACAAAUUGCAAAAAGACCUUAAAAGGUACCUCACACGGAAAAUUGGAUUUGAAGCAGUCAUGAGAAUAAGAUGUACGAAAGGUCUUUCAAUUCACACCUUCCAUGGUAACUUCUUUGUGCGAUCUACUGAUUUGCUGUCACUUGCCAACGUCAAUCCUGAUGCUGGAUUUGCAGUACAGAUGUCCAUUGAGGAAAGCCUCUCAGACACAUCUUUAGUUUGUUUUCAGACUGCACUUUUGUAUACUUCCAGCAAAGGUGAACGGAGAAUCAGAGUGCAUACGCUUUGUUUGCCUGUGGUGACUUCACUGACAGAUGUUUAUGCUGGAGCAGAUGUACAAGCAGUUAUAUGCCUCUUAGCUAAUAUGGCUGUUGAUCGAUCAGUUUCUUCAAGUCUGUCAGAUGCAAGAGAUGCCUUAGUGAAUGCAGUGGUAGAUUCACUGUCUGCAUAUAUGUCAACUGCAUCAAAUCUCCAGCAAUCUGCUUUAAUUGCUCCAAAUUCCCUCAGGCUGUUUCCUCUGUAUGUUUUGGCUCUCUUCAAGCAGAAAGCAUUUAGAACUGGUACAAGUACACGCUUGGAUGAUCGUGUAUAUGCUAUGUGCCAAAUAAAAAGUCAGCCUCUGGUUGGCUUGAUGAAGAUGAUCUAUCCUAAUCUAUAUAGGAUAGACAGGCUUACUGAUGAGGGUGCUAUACAUGUCAACGAUAGAGUUGUACCUCAGCCCCCUCUUCAGCGGCUGUCUGCAGAGAAGUUGACAAGGGAAGGUGCUUUCCUUAUGGACAGUGGCUCAAUAUUGUACCUUUGGAUUGGAAGAAAUUGUGCUAGUAACUUCAUAAAAGAUGUCCUCGGAUGCCCUAAUUAUUCAGCUGUUCCUCAGAAACUGACACAGCUUCCUGAAUUAGAUACCCUUUCUUCAGAGCGAACCAGGUCCUUCAUAUCCUGGCUUAAGGAAAGUAAAUCUCUAAGCCCAGUACUUCAAGUAAUAAAAGAUGAAAGCCCUACAAAGGCAGAUUUUCUUCAACAUUUAGUGGAAGACAAAACAGAGGCAGCAUUCUCUUACUAUGAAUUUUUGCUUCACAUUCAACAACAAAUUUGUAAGUGAGAAGGAAGAAACUGAAAUAAUAAUAAAAAAAUUUCUGGACUUAUGCAAAUGUCAGCUGUGAAAGAAGUACACUGGAAAUGAUAAACAGACAUGGGUUCUUCAGCAUCCAUAUCUAAAGCUUUUCAGCUAAGAGGACAGAGUACACAUUUCCAAAGGAAUUUUAUGGUUUUGCUUCAGUAUAAAAAUGAUGGCUAUGAUGCAGUUUUAGUACUAUGUUUUUAAGUUGGUUUGUAUGCGUUUUCAAUAGUGCAACGAUAUGGUGCUUCUGUUUCAAGCUGGUGAACUUACAUAGCGAUGUGGAAUAGUAUUUCUUAAUGAAAUCUAAAAUUGGAGAGCUUCCCCCCCCCCUUCAUAUUUACUAUGGUAGCCAGAUUAUCUCCAGCAGAGAUGCCAAAGUGCAGUGCUCCAUGCUGUUUAUAUGAAUUUGUAAGAGAAAAUUCGUAUUUGAAGACUUCACCAUUUUCUCUGUGAAGACUGUAGAAUUUCAAUACAGCAUACAUGAACUGUAGAAAUGAAAUAUAUAUAGUGUACAGAAGUAUUAACAUUUGUAAAGAAGUUGUAAAAAUGUAACUACAGACUAUGAAUUGGUUAGCGUGCUGCAGUGUUUGUGAUUUGAUGACAAAUCACUAUCUCAGUUAAAGAAUAAAGAUGACUAAUGCAUAUUAAAUCUGAAUCCACAUAGAAAAAAUGCAACUUUGUAAUCCAUUUAAUCCUUUUAUGUGGAUUUAUUUAUGAUCAGCUAAUUAAAAGUAUUUUGCUUGAUCAUGUGUUUUUAUAUCUACAUGAUUACUAAAUUUUAGACACUAAUAUUGAAUUUCGCUUGCUGUAUUAAAGAGAGAAUGUUUACUACUUUAUUGUAUAGAAUUCUGGGGAAAGGGUAAGUGGAAAUAUGGCUGAAUUUGGAUUGUGUAAAGGAUAUAGCUGGCUUGUGACACUGUCUGGCAUUUGAUAGUGUCUUUUAACUGGUUUACUUUAUGUACUCUGCAACAAUUGUGGUUCUGGAUCCUUUAUUUUCUCUUGCCACCAUGAGACAUUAAAGAAAAUUUAUAUUUCACUUUAA